AGAAGAGUAAAAAAGGGAAAGAGGAAAGAAAAGGGAAGAAAAAGAAAGAAAGGGGGGGAAGAGAAAAAAAGAAAAAGGAAGAGGAAGGAAAGAAAAAGGAAAGGAGAAAGAAAAAAGAGAAGAGGAGAAGAGAGGAGAAAAAGAAAGAAAGAGGAAGAGAAGGAGAAAAAAGGGGAAGAGAGGAGAAGGAGAAAGAAGAAAUGGAUGAAAGAUGGAAGAAGGAAAGAAAGA